AUGGGGGCCUCUGCGAGACUUCUCGUGGCCGAUUUGGUGAUGUCGUUCUCGUGGGUCUGGUCCGGCGCCCUCGUGAAGGUCCUUCUUUUGAGGACCCUGGGGCCGGAGAUUAUCCGCCAGGCCGGUGGGGAGAUGCUCAGAUACGCCGUCUCCGUGUUGGUGAUGUUCUUCUUCGCCUGGCUUGGGACAAUCACCCGUGGCGCCUCCCAUAAUCCGCUCACCGUCCUGUCCCACGCCAUGAGCGGAGACUUCUCCAUCUUCCUCCUGACCGUCCUGGGCAGGAUUCCCUGCCAGGUUUCCUCCUCCGUCUCUCUACUUCUCAUCAAUCUGGACUCUGCAAUUUUCUGGCUGAAUUUCUAGCUUUGGAUUCCGUUCGGCGUUGACUUUGGAUUAGGCUCUUGGAGGAUGCUGGCCUGUAGAAGCGUUCUUGUUCAAUUUUUUUCUCCCCCUGUGCUGGGGCGACCGUUUCCUCUUCCUCGUCGCCGCAGCUGCCAUGUUUUCACCUCCAUUAGUCAGUGAAGAAACAUUCAAUCAGAGAGAAUUUGUGAAAGGUUGAAAUCCACCGUUUAGCUGUUUUCUUCACUGAUUUUGGGAUGGAUACCCCCAAAUUCCUAUCAGAUUCAGGGGAUGGUAGUCUGUCAGAGAAGCAGGAAAGAGACGGGUGGGUCUGAAAUGGAAAUGUGUGCUUUCCUCUAAGGUCAAACAUCAUCCGAAGUAUGAACAGGGGCUAACAUCCCUGGGUUUUCCUCGAUGUCUAUAGUUACUAAAUUCUGAAAUCUUCUUAAGUCGAUCAUCGAUUUUUUUUUCCCAUCUGGGUUCAUAUUACUUACUGAUACACGAUCCCACAGUGAACUGAAGCAGGCCAUCUUGCAUUGAUCAUUGAUUAUUGCUUCACAAUCUCUUGGCCUUUUUCUUUUCUUUUUUCUGUUGGCUACCCCUUUUAUUGUUAUGAUUGGUGAUUUACAGGUGAUUGGAUCUAUCAUUGCUGUUGGGAUGAUAAGGGAAGCCUUCCCUGAAGUGGGCCACGGGCCUCGCUUGAAUGUGGAUGUUCAUCACGGGGCGUUGACCGAGGGACUCCUCACUUUUGUCAUCGUCAUGAUCUCCCUCGGGAUCAAACAAAAGGACCCAAGAAGCUUCUUCAUGAAAACAUGGAUGUCCAGCAUUUCCAAGCUGAGUCUCCAUAUCUUAGGCUCUGAUUUGACCGGCGGAUGCAUGAACCCUGCUUCGGUAAGUUUCUUACUCCACUCAUUGGCCUCUUUCGGGGUAUUUUUCUUAUAUUUGCCUCUCAUUUUUUCAAUGCAAUCGGCUCUUACAUUUAUGAUCCCAAUUUGGUGGGUAAAAUCAUAGAUACGCACAUGGCGAGAUCAAUCUCUCCCAUAGUUCAUCUUCUCACAUUAGUAUAGAACAUAAUGACACAAUAGUUCAUAGUUUAGGAGAAAUAUUCCAAUAAUGUCCUAUUUAUUGUUCCUUUCCUGAAAUACAAUAUGAUCAAUUGCAAAUGUCUGCGGUCUGUAUGAUUUGAUCCUGUAAGGCGUUGACCAUAGAAAAAUGGUAAGAAGAUUACAGAAUUCUUUAUAUUCUGGGGUGUCUUGGAUUGAUAUGCUUGAUGGGAUGCAUGUAAUCAAGAAUUUGGCGGUGUGUUCCUCAAUCUGGAAAUAAUUUGGGAUAAUUUAUUGAGCAGUUUGGAUGAAAACUCUCCUUUUUCUGUGUUAAAAAAUGUCAGCCAGCAUGAUUGGGGGAGAAAAAAAAUAUUGUUCCCUCUUUAAGCUUAGGAUUAAAAGGUACUGUGAAGUCACCCCCCUCCCCCCCCCCCCUGCGGGUCGAUGGGCAUUACGAUGAACAUACAUGGAAUUCGUUGACCUUUUGCAUCGCCACGUGUCUCUCUCUCUCUCUAACACACAAUCUCUGUUUUUCUCUUGAGAUUCAGAAGGCUCCAGCAGCCUGUUUCCGGGCAGAGUUUAUUUGAACAAAUGUGGUCGAUUAGUCCUAUGCUUUUAGUUUGACCGUUUUAUUAUCGGUGGUUGACUUUUGUGGGCGCGACAUGGGCAGGCGUUUGGGUGGGCGUACGCUGGGGGGAGACACGUGACGAAGGAGCACCUUCUGGUCUACUGGCUCGCCCCCAUUGAGGCCACCUUGCUCGGGGUCUGGAUAUUCCACUUGAUCGUUGGCUCGCAGAGUAAGAAGAGCAAGAUCGAAUAUAAUUCGUGA